AUGCAAGGCUCUGGCAGCGCCUGCAAGGAUGUCACGAUGCAUCCGGAUGUCCCGGCAAUGGACGAAGAGCUAAUGGAGCUUUGGGUUAAGAUUCGAGAUCGGGUGAGGGAGCUGGCGGAGCGAGAGGGCAAAUCGGUCAAUGAAAACCUGGAAAUGGUCGACGUCCUCGAGAAUCUCGAUAACAAGGAGCCAAGCAAGACGGACACAGUCAAGAAGUGUUUCGGCAAUACGUUGACCGUCAUCAAGAAGGUUGGCGGGAUCGUCGCGGAUGCCGCGUCACAGGUCUUUGCGCCCGCGGCGCAAUGCUAUAAUGCCAUCAGCUUUCUCAUCGACGCGUAUGAGGGCUACCAGGGUGCGUUCGACGGGUUGGGAGAGCUUCUCGAGGAAUGUACGGAUUAUCUCAACCGCCUACCGUACUACGUCAAAGGAAAGAUGGAUGCAAAAUUGACCAAGGUGGCGGCCCAGCAACUGGACUUGUUUGUGAGAGUCUGCGAAGCGGCGUUAAGUUUGCGCUACAAUGCGGGUUCAAAGGUCAAAAUGGCGCUCAAAGUCAUGUUUCUGGCGGACGACGGCGUCCAACCCCUCCUAGGGGAAAUGGCCAAGCUCGUCAACCGAGAGCGCAAUCUGGUCUCCGCCCAGACCUUUCUUUUCUCCCGCCAGGCGGCCGAUGCGGCCCGGGAGGGGUUGGAUGCGACCAAGAGGGUGGAAGGCUACGUCUCCCAGAUGCACGAUAAGGACAAAGAGGUCAACAGAAACAAGGCCAUCACGGGGGCGUUAGGGCUCGAGGAGGAGCCGGCAACACCCUGGCGCAUCCGAUACCGUGAAUAUUUGAACCACCGGCUGCCGGAGACAGGCCAGUGGAUCUUCAAUGAGCCGAAAUUUGCCAGUUGGGAGAGAGGACAGUCUGAAGCCAACAUCCUCGCGAUCGAGGGGGGCAAUGGCUCCGGCAAGAGCUGUCUGGCCUCGGCCAUCAUCCAACAUUUUCUGCACAAGAAAUCAGCCACAGACAUGGGCCCCCGGGUUUCCACUGCGUAUUAUUUCUUCGAGGGGACAGCCCGAGACGCUGUGAAGAACGCAAGCAAUCUCGAGACCGCGGCCAAAUCCAUUGUCUGGCAGUUCGCCCAGGCCGAAAGGCACUAUAAAAAGUCAGUGGCGAGAAUCUGUACUGAGUCCCAGGUGAUCGACCCCUCCGCCAUCUCCGGCGACCUCCUGUUUGAAAACACCGAUCUGCUUGAUAUGAACGUCGUGUUCUAUAUUGUCAUCGACGGCCUGAGUGGUAAGAUGGGAGAAGGCAUGCUGCGCUUUCUGAAGCGCGCGUCCGCCGUAAAGCCGGGCAAACGUGUCCGAGUCCUCCUUACGGUCGAUUCGGAGUGUUCCCAGCAGUUGGCGACUGUGGAUGGUUUAUCUUUCCAUUCUAUCCCUAUUAGCUCCAAAAAUCGAUCUGAUGUGGAAAGGCUGAUCCGGUCGAGAAUGGAUUCCAUGCUCGCCUUGAGUGAUAAGACACGUCCCGAGAUUCCAGAGUUAAGGGCCAGGAUUUGCGACGAGCUCUAUCGAGCAACCACUGGUGACUAUUUCCGAAUCAACCUCGCCCUCGAUGAUAUCAGCAAGCGAGAGUAUAUUUCCGAUAUCUUGAAUGCCCUGAAGAACGCAAGCAACGGGCGCGCUACACAAAUCACAAAGGAAAUCGAAGGACUCAAUUACAACUGCUCUGAGACGGAAAUCUGUGAAAUAAAUACGAUCAUUCUCUGGAUUCGACGCUAUCGAGACCUCUUAACGGAAAGAAAAAUGACUGCGGCUCUAUAUGCGGAGGGUGGAGAAUCAUCCCUCCUGACGCUAGCGGGUAAGAUCAAGGAGAAGUACCCUCUGUUCAGGAUUACCAAUAGGGGCGACGUGACUUUCCGGGCUCCCGAAGUUGAGGAUUCCAUCCCCAACAAGCGCCAUUCUUCCCCUACGCAGGCGGAGGAGCAAGACAGCCAAGGGGCAGCAGUCACCCCGGGCGAGAUGGCUAUGGUCAAACAUUUCCUCUCUACGGUUUGUCCACGGGAGACAUAUAACAAGUUAGACUUGGACAAGUUCCUUGAAGGCAAAAAGCAGGAUCGGAGAAACCGAAUCUAUAAGGACGAUCUGCACAUUGAGGAGGCGAAGAUGGCGCUCACUUGCCUGCGCCUAAUCACGGGGGACAUAAAGCAACCAAGUGAAGACCUUUUAUCGUACGCGAGAAGCAAUUUCGCUCAACAUCUGUCCGCCGUCAAUUUGGCGCUCGUGGACAUUGAAUACAAGAGGACAUUUGGGCCCCACCUUGUCAAACUUUUCACCAACCACGCCUCUAUUGAUAUCGCACUGAACAAUAACGAGUUGCCUGGCCCCUCGGCAAAACAACGUCAAGUUGUCCGUCAGUUGAUGUUCAGCGAUACGACCGCCACACUCCUCUUUCACUGGUUUGGUGACAUGGCGGUCAUGUUGGAAGUCGACAAUGAAUCCAGGGAUUGGGUCACCGGUCUGCUUCAAACUAAGGACCACAGAGAGUUGCUGACGCCAGCUGCGAAGCGAAUGGCAACCCAUCUGGUGCAAGAACCCCAUUUCAUACCACUCACCCGGGAUGCCUUUCUCUUUCUCGCGGGCUUCCUCGAAAAGGUCAGCUACCUCUUGAUUUCGAUGGAAUGA